AGUUUAAAGGGUAGUUAAUGAUGACGAAGAUGAUAAUUAGUGAGAAAGAGUGAGAAUAAAAGAGGAGAGAGAGAGAGAGAUUAUGUAGAUUAAGGUGAUUACUCAAAACGGAGACAGUUAAUGUUGAGAGCGAAUCAACAACAACCAGUCUUCCCAUUCACUUGUCGAUUUAUGGGUUAACCAGAAGGAAAUUUUUUUUUUUAUCUUUUUUCCUGAUUGUGUCUCUAUCUUUUAAAUUACCAAAGAUCAAGUUCAAUCGAUUAACUGAUUAAGACCACUGGUGGUUAAUUGUCACAAUUAAAUGAUAAAAGAAAAUCUAAUUACAUGAUUAUCCUGUUUGUUUCCUCUUCUUCUUUUUCUAAUUCUGUGUACCUUUAUCUCUCUCUCUCUCUCUCUCUCUUUGGUUUAUUUUCUUUUUUAUCUAAAUUUUUCUCUUUGUUUUUCUUUUGUUCUUUUUCGCGAUAAUUUUCUCUCUCUCUCUCUCUCUCUCUAAUUUAAUUGUCAGUUAACAAUUAGUGUUCUGUGUCUUUGUGCGUAAUUAACAAUCGGAAUUGGAACCAUAAAUGCAUCCCAUAGUGUUACAAUCAAGAUUGGAAUUCAUUUUAAUCAACAACAAUUAAACCAACAAAGUGAUGGCCAAAUCAUUGAAACGCGAAAAAGUAGCCACAGGCAUCGUCUGUUUGGCUUAUUUUGUCUAUGGUAUCGGUUCCUCGCUCAUGAAUACAACUAUAAUCGAUUUAACUGAAAUUUUAAACGCCGAUGUUCAAUCUGUUUCUUAUGGACUUUUACUCAGAGCUGUUUUCCAUUGUAUUGGAGCUCCAUUGUUUUCCUGGUCAUUCACGUCUUUUAACCGAGAGUUUCAAUAUGCUCUGGCAUUGGCCCUCUUUGGACUAGGAACUUGUUUCACCGCUUCAUCUAAUACAAUGGUGAUGUUCAUCAUUUUCAAUUCACUUGCUGGCUUAGCAACUACUGGAAUUGAUAUUGCCUCUUAUGUUUGGAUACUUGAGAUUUAUAAAGAAAACGCCAAUCCCUAUCUCCAAGCAAUGGGCGGUUUCUGGGCUAUUGGACAAACUUUAGCCCCACUAAUUACUCGGCCCUUCCUUUCAAGUGAUCAAACAAUAAUCAAUGGAAAUGAAACAAUCGUAACCAAACAUACAAAAACCUCCAUUCAAAUACCAUAUAAUAUAAUUGGUAUUCUUACAGCGGGUGUUGGUUUUCUCGUCCUAUUGUUUUCAUGUUUCUACAAUAAUCAACACACAAAUGAUAAUAUUGAUGACAAUCGUCCCUCAAUUUCAUCAUCAUUUUCUAAAUCAAAAGAAGAUCAUCUAAAAGAAUAUGGAUCAACAAGUGAUCGGCAAAAAUCAUCACAUUCACAAUCAUUUACUGGUGAUAAACGUUCAAUUAAACAAGAAAACUCUUCCUUGUUACCAAAAAGUUUACCUAAAGGUUAUUAUGUCGCAAUUGUCCUUCUCGCUGCUCUGAUGAUGAAUUUUCAAGUUGGACUUGAUUUAGAUUUUUUCAAUUUCCUUCAUACUUAUGCUGUUCAAGGUCCAACCAAAAUGGACAAAUCUGAUGCCAGUUACCUUGUUUCGUUAACCGGUUUUGUACAAUUAGCUUCACGAUUUAUAUCAAUUUUCAUCUCAAUCUACAUAAAAUCGGGAACAAUCAUUGCUACCUCAACAAUUGUAACUCUUUUCGGUGUUAUCAUUUUAGUCCUCUCCGGGUCAACAGUCUCUGGACUAUGGGCUGGAGCGAUUAUAUUAUCGAUUGGAUUUGCACCAGUGGGAUCGUCAAUCUAUACUUAUAUUGAGGAAAGGACCACCGUUACCAAUACGAUCGCCGGUAUAUUAUCAUUUUCAAGUACCAUUCUCUCAACAACCGGACCUUAUAUUGUUGGUGCUUCACUUGAUACUCAUCCAUUCAUAUUUAUACUUUACAUAUUAAUAUGUAACAUUUCAAUUAUCAUAUUAUUUGUCCUUCUACUUUUAACUGAUCUCUGGAAACGACGAUACUUGGAAAAGCAGAAAAAUCAAUCGGCCAAACGAAGUACAGUCUCUCCACUUGUCACAAUCUUUUAUUCAUAGUGUGUUUUUUUUCUCGUAUUAAUUAUUUGGCAAAUCUCUUAUGUUAAUCCCUUUACACUUGAUGUGAUAAUUAGAGAUGAGAAAAGGGAUUAACAUUAGCCUCAGGCCUUUGAUUAUUAAUUAAUAAGUAUGGUUACGAUAAGUGGAGAGACGACUACAUUUUGAGCACACUCUGAGCUUACAAUUAACUAAUUUUAACACAUUUUCUUACCAUAUAAUCUAUAUGCUCCAUUUGUGUUUAAUUUUUUUAAAUUAUGGACAAAUUAACUAACUUUCCAUUUAUAUCAACAAAAAAAAAAGUCAAACGGGUAAACAUUUGAAUUGAUUUUCAUGACAAUUUAGACUAAUUUUUUUUGUCUAGUCAAGUCAAUCAACUUUAAAUUGUUAAACAAUUCAACUCUGUGAUAGUUUGUUAAAAAAAUUUUCCACAAAUAAAAAUAAUUACACAUUUAAAUUGUUUCUUUAA